UGUUGUUUUUCUGACUAAUUAUUAGUGAUUAUUACUUUCACAUAAGGGUGAAUUUGUCAUUUCAAAACUUGCCGUCCCGUUCAGAGACUUUCGUUCCCGCAAAUUGAAUCAGUUAAUACUGUUUAUUCCCGUUAACAUCGUCGUAAACCUCAUUUCACUCAUUCCCAUUCCGAUCAAAAACCACCGCCAUGAACACAACACGAACUCAAAUCCUCCGUUACACUACCGCAUUCAUCACCGGCGUUAUUCAUCAAUCACAACUCCGUCGCCACCUCAUUGAAACUCUCCACCGAGAAACUCCAAUCACCAAUCAAGUAACCUUAAAACAACUCAACCUCGCCUCAGAAGCUCUCGAAAGCGCCGUUUCCAACUCCAGCUCCGCCAUUCGCUCUUCCUCUCUCUCCCUCGCGGAGAAACUUCUCCUUCCUCUCCCUGAGUAUCCUCUUUCCUCCUUCCUCCUCUCCCUCAUUCAAACCCUCCGUAACCACGCCGAAGAAUCUGCCAUCAUUCUCCUCAGAAUCUUUCAUUCCAAUCCUUCACUCGCUCGAUCUGAAAUAGCACCGUCUCUCUACGAGCAUCUUUUUUGUUUUCAUCUCUUCCCUGUUUUCCGAUGGUUCGAUGAACAGAGAACACGGAUUUUGCCAUCCGCUUCUGAAACUCCGAGCCGCGACGGAGACACCGGUGACUACUCUGUUUCCAACGAUUUGUUUAUGCCUUAUGCAAAGUUGUUAUCGAGUGUGAGCAGUGAUCAAGCGUUAAAGCUGAAGGAGUUGGAGAAGGAGUACGAAGAGGUUUUGGAUGAGAAUUGCAGGGUUCUUGCUGUGUAUUUUAAAGAGGUUUUGGUGAAUAAAGAUGAAGAUUCGACGAUUAGUCCACCGUUGUUGAUCUUGAAGAACGCUGCAGGAAGUGGCAGCAACGACCGUGGUGGAUUGCAUAGAAAGGAGGAAAUGAAAAUGCCUCAGUUGGAGAACGGACGGUAUAAUCCAAUGUGGUCCGAAAGGGAUACAUCAGUUGAAUUUUUGAGCAGCAGUUCGAGCAGCAUAUCCUCCCUCGCGCUGUUAUAUCCUCAAAGAGUCUCUCCAAGAGUCCUCCAUCCCCUAAAAUCUUCAAAAUAUUGGACAACACCAGCCUAUUUAAACUCAGCCCCUGAAACUCAAUUUUCUUUAGAUGAGAAUUUACUUUGUUCUUCUUCGGAUUCUGAAGCUGAAAAUGAGGAAAAAGACAAAAAUGUAGCAUUGUUGGAGCCUCGACAAAGCCAAAGCCAAAACAAGGAACAAAUUCAAACCAUCUUCAAAGAAUCCAGGGGCUCCCCAGAUUAUCCAAUGGCAGACUAUGAAAACACGCCGCCACAUGGAAGUGGGAAACAAACACCUCCUAAAGACUUCGUCUGUCCAAUAACCAGUAACAUAUUUGAUGAUCCAGUGACUCUUGAGACUGGUCAGACAUAUGAACGUAAAGCUAUUGAGGAAUGGUUUAAUAGAGAGAACAUAACUUGUCCUAUCACUCGCCAGAAGCUACAAAACACCAAGCUACCAAAGACAAAUUAUGUGCUCAAAAGACUAGUUGCUAGCUGGAAAGAACACAACCCCAGUUCAGUCCCGCCUACAUGUGAGUGUCCAUACAAAGAUAGCGAGUCAGUAGUGAAGACAGAAAUACCUUCAACUUCUCCUAAUAGUGUCAUAACACAGGCCACUGUUGAUGGGAUGAUUGGCGAGUUACGCUGUGCAAUCAAUAACCUGUACAUGUCAGAGAUUCUCCAGGAAUCUGAAAUGGCGGCUCUUCAAAUAGAGAAAUUGUGGAGAGGAGGGAAUCUGGGAGUGGAUAUCCACAGCAUGCUAUCAAAACCUCCAAUUAUUAAUGGGUUUGUGGAGAUACUUUUCAAUUCUGUUGAACCCCAGGUUCUUCAGGCAGCAGUUUUCCUUCUGGCUGAGAUGGGAUCUAGAGACAAUUCUGUUAUUCAGACUCUAACACGCGUGGAUACCGACGUUGAAUGUAUAAUGGCUCUUUUCAAGAAAGGGUUGACAGAAGCUGUUGUGCUAUUGUAUGUCCUAAACCCAUCCACUGUGACUCUUACUGAGAUGGCCGUAGUAGAGUCCCUCAUAGCCGUUUUCAAUAAGAAAGAGGAAGACUUGGUUAACAUGUGUUUAAAUCCCAAAACAGCUGCAGUUCUUCUACUUGGACAGAUUAUUGGAAGCAGUGAUGAGAUAAUUGCAUCUUCGAUUGUCAAGACUUUGUUCUCUGAAAAAGCACUUGGAGCUAUUGUUGGCAGUUUAGGAGCUGAAUGGGCAGAGGAGAGGAUUGUUGCAGUGGAGAUCUUAUUAAGAUGCAUGCAAGAGGAUGGGACUUGUAGGAACACCAUUGCUGACAAAGCAGAGCUCUCUUCUAUUAUGGAGAGCUUCAUCCAUGCAAAUGAUGCAGAACGUUUCAAGAUUGUUGAAUUUUUUUCUGAGUUGAUCAAGCUAAAUAGGAGAACAUUCAAUGAAAGAAUCCUCCAUAUUAUAAAGGAAGAAGGGCCUUUUAGUACAAUGCAUACUCUUCUUAUUCAUUUGCAAACAGCCCUUCAAGAUCAAUGUCCAGUCAUGGCCGGUCUCUUACUCCAACUUGAUCUUCUGGUUGAACCAAGAAAUAUGAGCAUAUACCGUGAAGAGGCAAUAGACAGUCUUAUUUCAUGCCUGAGGAACUCAGAUUUCCCUACUACCCAGUUAGCAGCUGCUGAUACAAUUAUGUCACUGCAAGGGAGGUUCAGCUUCUCUGGAAAGCCUCUUAUUAGAGAAGUCCUUCUUAAACGGGCCGGUAUUGACAAAGGUCCCAGAAGUGAUGUGCAGGUGGAUCAUAUGAGCAACUUCUUCUCAGAAAUCGAAAUAACUGCAGAAGAAGAGAGAGCAGCAGAUGAUUGGGAAAGAAAAAUUGCAUCUGUUCUAGUUAGCCACGAGUUUGGUAUACUUUUUGAAGCUUUGGCAGAUGGCAUGAAGAGUAGAAUUCCAGAGCUACGUUCAGCAUGCUUUAUAUCAGCUACGUGGCUCAUAUACAUGCUGACCACUCUACCAGAUACAGGGAUACAAGGAGCAGCCCGUGUCUGUUUGCUAAAGCCGUUCGUAAAUAAAUUAAAUUCUGCUAAGGAUAUAGAACACAGAAUCCUUUCUAUGCUUGCUCUUAAUAGCUUUCUUCAUUUCUCUGAUGGCUUACGUGAUCUAACUGCUUCCUACGCUAAGGAUAUCUUAAAAGGUUUGAGAGAGCUAAAGAGAUUCUCUCCCUUGGCAUCUGAAAUGCUGAAAGUUCUGGUUGAUGAGAAUGAGCCUAAAACAGAUAUUUGGAGACAUAAAGAGAUAAUCCAAGUAGAUUGCAGAGGGAAUGGAGACGUGCUGUCUGUCAUUUGCUUCAAGGAUAAAAUUAUUUCAGGCCAUACCGAUGGCAGCAUCAAGGUCUGGACAUUAAAGGAUAACGAAUUACUUCUGUUGCAAGAGAUCCAAGAACAUACCAAGGCUGUGACAAACUUGACGAUUUCAGAACCUGGUGACAGACUUUACAGUGGUUCACUUGACCGAACUGCAAAAAUCUGGUCUAUUGGAAAGGCAGCAAUACAUUGUGAGCAGGUGCAUGAUAUGAAGGACCAGAUUCAUAAUUUAGUUGUAACCAAUAGCACAACUUGUUUCAUUCCGCAGGGGGCUGGUGUCAAGGUUCAGUCAAUGAAUGGAGAAUCCAAGUUGUUAAAUUCAAAUAAAUACGUGAAGUGCUUGGCUCAUGCUCAUGGAAGAUUAUACUGUGGAUGCCACGACAGUAGUGUUCAGGAGAUACAUUUGGCCACUGGAACUAUCAGUAAUAUUCAAAGUGGUUCUAAAAGAUUACUUGGGAAAGCAUAUCCUAUUCAUGCACUGCAAGUUCAUGGUGAACUUAUAUAUGCAGCUGGCUCUUCCUUGGAUGGAACUGCUAUAAAGAUAUGGAAUAAUUCCAAUUACAGCAUGGUUGGAUCACUGCAAACUGGAUCAGAAGUGCGGGCUAUGGCAGUGAGUUCAGAAUUAAUUUAUUUGGGGUGCAAGGGAGGUGUUGUAGAAAUUUGGGAUAAGAAACACAUUAAAGUUGGCACGUUACAGUUGGGUACAAAUUGUAAGGUUAAUUGCAUGGCUCUAGACAGCAAUGAACAAAUUUUGGUGAUUGGAACUUCAGAUGGACAAAUUCAGGCUUGGGAAAUGAAUUAAAAGAAGAUAGUCAUUGUACGGGUACAGGAAGACAGGAUGAACUUUCCUUGAUAACAUUAAAUUCAUUAAUCCUUCGAAUAAUAACCAUCCUUUUUCUGACUAAAAAAAGAAAAUAAUAACCAUCCUUUUUGGUUCAUUGGGGGAUGUAUAUAGCUCAAAACUCAAAGGUUUAUACAUAAAAAAAGCCUUGUACAUAGAUUGAUUUUCUAUGUAGAUAUAUGAUUAGUUUGCUAUAUAUGCAUGAAACUGUAAUUUUAUCCUUU